AUGCGUGCAUCUGAGCACAAAUCGCGGGCGUUGUCCGACCCAGCAUCAUUUCAACAUUCAUAUCUCCAUUCGCGUGUACUUGCAUCAUUCGUUUGUGUGAUUCUCGCUGCUGUGCCUGCAUGGUGGGCACUCACGACCAUCACACGUCUGUCUCUGCCCUCAGAAGAAGUGCGUGCAUGGGAAGUGCGCGGUACAUGUCCCAUUCGUGCUACUUGGGCUGUCAUUCUCGAGGAUGCCCAACCCGACUUGUCCUUGUGCGAACGAGCUCAAACACAGCUCCAAACUCACACCGAUCGACAUGAUUUAUGCUUAGACUGGCAUGUAUCAGCACCAAACGUAUGUGCAGCUGGCGAGCCGCUGGAUCAUGCUACUCGUACUUUCCCUGUCCCCCUAUCUGCCUACGAGAACCAGGGAACCGCUGGAAUUGUUGAAUACCUUUCGUCUUUGUUUGGCGGGUCCUCUUAUCAGGCUCGUGCCGAUGCCAUCAAUACCUCGGCUAUCGCCUCGGCUUCCCAACAUGAUGAUCCACGCGUCGUGCAAUAUGCACCACAUAUUCGUAUCGUAUUUUCUUUGCUUCAGGAGGAUGCGAGUCUUGGUAAUGGUUUCGACGGUUGGGACCUCACGCAUGCCUUGCAAGAUAUCAAGGCGCAUAAAGCGCUUGCGCCUCUCGCCCAAACAUUGGAGGCCUUGGAGCGUGUGUAUAGCGUUCAACUCGAGAGCCAAGUGCAGUGGUAUGCACCACUCGAGUCGACGCCUCAACCAGUGCAUCACCCGGAACGUAUGAAUGAGACAUACUAUGCAGUGUCCAUGCAGGAUGUGAGCGUAUUUGUCAAUUCCGUUCAUUGGGCACUUGAUUCUUACGGCACAGCCGAUCUCUCCCCUGCUACAGAGAUCCGCACCUUGCAAAUGGUGCUCUUCGUCCCUAGUGUGCAGCAUUCGCCUUUGUACAUUGAGGGUCCAGACGUCGGUACAGUCGCGGAGCCAGCGUGGCUCGUUCCUCAGUGGGGUGGUGUAGUUGUAUGGAAUCCCACCCAGCGUGUUGAGGGGCCUCCUUCCACGGUCCUUUCUCUCGAGACACUCCAAAAACCCAUGUCCCGCUUUACCGGCCAAAUUCGCACGCUCCUAGGCCUCCAUGUCGAGCCCCUUGCUAUGACAGAGCCUGAGCAGCAGCAUGCUCUUUUGCAGGCCGCUGAGGGUCUCGAGUGGCGUAGAACACUCGAGAUGACCCGCAGUGCUGUCGAGACAUUGGCCAGCAUCGUUCGCCUUGUGAACAAAAUGCCUAGUCUCGGUGUGAACGCCAAAGUUCGGGACGAGUUUCUCGCAUCACUUCAUGAACUCGCAUUUUGUGACUCUUCCAGGCUUGAUACACUCGCGCGUGCAACCAGCGCUCAUACACAUGCAUCGCGUGCAUUUUACGACCCUUCUAUGCUAGUGACGCUCUAUUUCCCUAACGAACACAAGUUCGCUGUCUAUACCCCGCUAUUUGGACCCAUGGUUCUCCCGCUGAUCCUUGCGGUCAUUCGUGAGUGGAAAGUUCGCAAGCGGCAACGAGCCGUGAAGCAUCGCUCUUUAUCAUCAACGUAG